AUGAGAGUUACCGCCGGUGGCGGCCGCCCUUUAAGGGCUAAUCUAUGGCCUAUUGUCAUCGCAUUCACGGUAUUUGCUGUUGCUAACCUUGUAGCUGUUUCGGCUGAUCCUUACAUCUAUUCAUCACCACCUCCACCAUACAUUUACAAUUCACCACCUCCACCCGUACAUUCACCACCACCACCGUAUGAGUACAAAUCUCCACCACCACCGGUACAUUCACCACCACCUCCGUAUGUAUACAAGUCUCCCCCUCCUCCUGUACAUUCACCACCACCACCGUACGAAUAUAAGUCUCCACCUCCACCGGUGCAUUCACCACCACCACCUUAUGAGUACAAGUCUCCUCCUCCACCGGUGCAUUCACCACCACCACCAUAUGAAUACAAGUCUCCUCCUCCUCCACCGGUGCAUUCACCACCACCACCUUAUGAAUACAAGUCUCCUCCUCCACCGGUGCAUUCACCACCACCACCUUAUGAGUACAAGUCUCCUCCUCCACCGGUGCAUUCACCACCACCACCUUAUGAGUACAAGUCUCCUCCUCCACCGGUGCAUUCACCACCACCACCAUAUGAAUACAAGUCUCCACCUCCACCGGUGCAUUCACCACCACCACCUUAUGAGUACAAGUCUCCUCCUCCACCGGUGCAUUCACCACCACCACCUUAUGAGUACAAGUCUCCUCCUCCACCGGUGCAUUCACCACCACCACCUUAUGAGUACAAGUCUCCUCCUCCACCAGUGCAUUCACCACCACCACCAUAUGAAUACAAGUCUCCUCCUCCACCGGUUCAUUCACCACCACCACCAUAUGAGUACAAGUCACCUCCUCCACCGGUUCAUUCACCACCACCACCAUAUGAGUACAAGUCUCCUCCUCCACCGGUUCAUUCACCACCACCUCCUUAUGAGUACAAGUCUCCACCACCACCAGUUAAAUCUCCACCACCACCAUAUUACUAUAAGUCUCCUCCUCCUCCGGUGCAUUCUCCACCACCACCAUACUAUUACAAGUCCCCUCCUCCUCCAGUGCAUUCACCACCCCCACCGUACUACUACAAAUCUCCACCACCACCCGUUAAGUCACCACCACCACCAUACUACUAUAAGUCUCCACCACCACCAACAAAAUCUCCUCCACACUAUUACUAUACUUCUCCACCACCACCAACCCCAUACCACCCGGCCCCUCACCCUCACCACAAGAAAGCCAUCGUAAAGGUCGUGGGUAAAGUUUACUGCUACAGUUGCUAUGACUGGAAAUACCCAAUUAAAUCACACGCCAAGCACCACCUUAAAGGUGCUGUUGUGGAGAUCACAUGUAAGGCUGCGGGUGAAAAAGAAAUUUGUGCAUAUGGAAAGACUAAGAUCAACGGUAAAUAUGCAAUUACUGUUGAGGGUUUGGACUAUUCAAAAUAUGGAGGAGCUAAAGGUUGUACUGCUAAGCUUCAUAUGGCACCAAAUGGAACCAAAUGUAACAUUCCAACAAAUCUCCAUGGGGGUUUGAAGGGAGCUGAGCUUAAGGUCAAGUCCAAAAACGCUUAUGAGGUUGUCCUUCAAGCUAAAGCUUUUGCAUAUGCUCCUAAGACUCCUUCAAAGAUAUGUGAGAAGCCAAAGCCAAAGCCGGAGCCCACUCCUUCUCCCUACUAUUACAAAUCUCCGCCACCACCGCCACCAACUUACUUGUACAAGUCUCCUCCUCCACCCGUGAAGUCUCCUCCAGUGUACCAUUAUACAUCACCCCCACCACCUAAGAAAUCACCACCUCCCCCAUACUACUACACAUCGCCUCCACCACCGAUUAAGUCUCCACCACCACCAUACCACUACACUUCACCUCCACCACCAGUGAAGUCUCCUCCCAAGUAUUACUACACAUCACCCCCACCACCUAAGAAAUCACCACCUCCCCCAUACUACUACACAUCGCCUCCACCACCGGUUAAGUCUCCACCCCCACCGUACCACUACACUUCACCACCACCACCAGUUAAAUCACCACCACCACCAUACCAUUACACUUCACCACCACCACCAGUGAAGUCACCACCCCCACCUUAUCACUACACAUCACCUCCACCACCAGUGAAAUCACCACCACCUCCAUACCAUUACACAUCGCCUCCACCUCCUGUUAAGUCACCACCUCCACCAUACUAUUACACAUCACCUCCACCACCAGUGAAAUCUCCUCCUCCACCAUAUUAUUACACUUCACCACCCCCACCUGUGAAAUCCCCACCACCACCAUAUCAUUACACUUCACCUCCCCCACCAGUAAAGUCCCCUCCACCGCCUUACCAUUACUCAUCACCACCACCACCAGCGAAAUCUCCACCACCACCAUACAUCUACACAUCACCUCCCCCACCAGUCAAAUCCCCACCACCACCAUACUACUACACUUCACCUCCCCCACCCGUGAAGUCCCCUCCACCACCUUACCAUUACAUAUCACCACCACCACCAGUGAAAUCUCCACCCCCACCAUACCACUACACUUCACCACCUCCACCAGUAAAAUCCCCACCACCACCAUACCAUUACACAUCACCUCCACCACCCGUGAAAUCUCCACCACCCCCAUACCACUACACCUCACCACCACCACCGGUUAAGUCACCACCACCACCGUAUUAUUACACAUCACCUCCGCCACCAGUUAAAUCCCCACCACCACCAUAUCAUUACACUUCACCUCCCCCGCCUGUAAAAUCCCCACCACCACCAUACCACUACACAUCCCCUCCCCCACCAAUUAAAUCUCCACCACCACCUUACCACUACUCUUCACCACCACCACCAAUUAAGUCCCCACCACCACCAUACCACUACACAUCACCUCCACCACCAGUUAAAUCCCCACCACCACCUUACCAUUACACAUCACCUCCACCACCAGUGAAAUCUCCACCACCUCCUUACUACUAUACUUCACCUCCACCACCAGUUAAAUCUCCACCACCCCCUUACCACUACACAUCACCUCCACCACCAGUAAAAUCUCCACCACCUCCUUACCACUAUACUUCACCUCCACCACCGGUUAAAUCCCCACCACCACCUUACCAUUACACAUCACCUCCACCACCAGUGAAAUCUCCACCACCUCCUUACCACUAUACUUCACCUCCACCACCGGUUAAGUCCCCGCCACCACCAUACCACUAUACAUCACCACCACCACCAGUGAAGUCCCCGCCACCACCAUACCACUAUACAUCACCUCCACCACCGGUUAAAUCCCCACCACCACCUUAUCAUUACACGUCACCUCCACCACCUGUGAAAUCUCCACCACCCCCUUACCAAUAUAUUUCGCCUCCACCACCGGUUAAAUCGCCACCCCCACCUUAUCACUACUCCUCCCCUCCACCACCUUUGAAAUCGCCACCACCUCCAUACCAUUACACAUCACCCCCACCACCUGUUAAGUCCCCACCACCUCCAUACUACUACAUAUCUCCCCCUCCACCAGUACAAUCACCUCCACCGCCCGUAUACAUCUAUGCUACAAUCAUGUUUUAUUUCGAGUACGAAUUCAAUAAAGAAGGCUCCACAAGGAUAUGUUUGAAAAGUAGUUCAUCCACACCCAUUCCUUUUUAAUAAGGUCUUGAACGUUGCACUUCAAAGUAUCAAUAUUUUCUAUAACGACCAUUUCCUUUCUACUUCAUUGUUCUGGCCAUCCUAUCAAUGAAGAAGAGCUUAAAGGGUUAUAUACCGAAAAAUGUAAAAAAAAUGUACAAUUGGUUACCAUUGGAAGAGGGUGAUAAGCGUGUUGUGGCUUUAAUAUGUUUGUUUUCACGUUUUAAUUUACAUUGUAUAAAUAGGUAGAUGAUGGUUAUUUUAUAUUUAUAUAUAUUAUUGAUUUGAUCUUUUUUCA